GCCGCAGUGCAAUCACCAAGGAAGCCAGAACCUCGGGGGCGGGGAAAAGAGGAGCCUACCCAAUCAGUGCAAGGGGGCGGGCCGCCCGAAAGCCUGCGGACUCCAGCGCGCGGCGACCCCCGAAGUCGCAGGCGGGGCGUGCGGACGCCGAGGGCGGGAAAAGCGCGUGAGCUCCGCUCGCCGCGAGGACACGGCGGCCCGGGAGGAUGGGGUUCGCAGAGGAAGAGCAGAGGGGCGCCUCUCUACACUUAGUGGCCCUCGACGUUCGGAGGCCAGAAAUGGCCCGCAGUGGCCCUCGCAGUGCGGGCGUGGAGGCCAAGGGCUAAUCUCCGCCAAGUGGUAUCGGCGAGCGGGGAGUCACACGGCCGGGAGCACCCCGACCGGAAACAGCCCCCGCGGCACUUUAAUGAGGCCAGGAGGCCGCGAAAAGCUCACCGCGGUGCUUGCUCAGACAGAGCCACCAUGGGGACGACAGCCCCAGGGCCUGUCCACCUGCUGCAGCUGUGUGACCAGAAGCUUAUGGAGUUUGCGUGCAAAGCGGACACACACUUUGUGUGGCUCAAGGAAAUCCAGGAGGAGGCCAGGCAUAUGUUCACCAGAGAAUUCAUCAAGGAGCCGGAGCUGAUGCCCAAAACGCCCUCUCAGAAGAACCGAGGGAAGAAGAGAAAGAUUGCUAACAUUCAGGAUACAAACAGAAACCACAUCCGGAAAAGGCAGGAGGGGCCGGGGGCUGCCACUAGCCAGGGGAGGGGGCUGGAGGCGGCCCUCCUGGGGGGACGAUGUUGCUGGUGGGCUCACAGUAUCUCCUUCUCUGCUUUCAGCCCCGAGGAGGACCCCAGCAAGGCGGCCGAGCCGAUGGAGGAGGCUGGGCCUGAGGUCCCCAAGAAUGAAGAGAGCACCUUGUGGCCCCGAGGUGCCCCCAAGACUGUCAUUAGCAUGCCCGGCUCGCAGCCUGCGGCCGGGGGCCAGGACAAGCCCUCCGUGGGGCAGCGAGAGGCCAAGAUCCAUCAAACAGAGGGCCCCGAGGAGCCACCCCAGAGUAUCAGGAGGAAGCACAGCAGCAGAAGGAAGCUCAACAACAAGGAAGCUGUGAGUGAGCUGGGCGGGCAGCUGCAGCUCCCCCAGAGCAAGACCCCUCCCCCGUGCUCCUGUCCGACCUUCCUGCACACCAUGCAGAGGAACCAGAUGCUCAUGACCCCGACCUCGGCCUCCCGCAGCCGUGUCAUCAAAUCCUUCGUUAAGCGGAACACUCCCCUGCGUGUGGACCCUAAGGAGAAGGAGCAGCGGCGCCUGGAGAACCUGCGGCGGAAGGAGGAGGCCGAGCAGCUGCGCAGGCUGAAGGUGGAGGAGGACAAGCGGCGGCGGCUGGAGGAGCUGAAGCUGAAGCGGGAGGAGCGCCUGCGCAGGGUGCUGCAGGCCCGGGAGCGGGCCGAGCAAAUGAGGGCGGAGAAGAUAAAGCAGAUCGAGCAGAGGAUGGCUCUGCAGGAGAAGAACGAGAAGGCCAAGGAGGAGCGACUGGCUGAGGAGAAGACCAAGAAAAUGGCAGCAGCCCAGAAGACGGAUGUGCGCGGGAAGCAGGAGGAGGAGGCACGGAGGCUCAGGGGUCUGCCGCAGGAGGAGGAAGAGCAGCCAAGGAAGAAGGAGGAAGAGGAUGGGCAAGAGCGUCUGCUGAAGGCGGCCGAGGCCAGGAGGCUGGCCGAGCAGCGGGAACAGGAACAGCGGAGGGAGCAGGAACGGCUCCAGGCCGAGAGGGAGCUGCAGGAGAGGGAGAAAGCCCUGAGGCUGCAACAGGAGAGGCUGCAGAGGGAACUGGAGGGGAAGAAAAAGGAAAAGCAGCAGCGCCUACAGGAGGAGCAGGAGAAGAGAGCCAAGGAGGCUGCAGCGGCCAGCAAAGGCCCGAACACGACCAUGGACGUGCAGUCUCCAGCCUGUACCUCAUAUCAAAUGACGCCGCAGGUGCCCAGGGCUCCCCGCAAGAUCAACCUGGAUGACUACGGGAUGGAUCUGAACAGCGAUGACUCCACUGAUGAUGAGUCCCAUCCCCGGAAGCCCAUCCCCCCAUGGGCCACAGGCACCCAGCUCAGCCAGGCCAUCCUCCACCAGUACUGCCACCCCCCGAACCUGCUAGAGCUCUUCGCCAUUCGCCAGCUUGACCUGGAGGACAUCUUCAGGAAGAGCAAGCCUCGCUACCACAAGCGCACCAGCUCCGCCAUCUGGAACUCGCCGCCCCUGCAGGGCGGCAGGGUCCGCAGCAGUCCGACCUGCAGCCUGAAGUACUGAGGCAGGCCCGCCGGCCUUCUCUCCCACCCGUGUCCGACUGUCCAUCUCUCCCUGGGUCUCCUGCCCUCCUCCCGUGCGCUCUGUCCCUGAGGGUUGUUCUGUAAAUGUGCUGGUGGCCCCGCCUGUGUGGAGGCCGCGCUCGGUGUGUUUUUACAGGAGUGCCAGGCGCAGCCACGCCGGGCUCGCGGGCAGCACUUUGUAAAUAGGUUGCUAUAAUUUUAGCCUGGACUCUGACAGGUAUAUUAAUAAAGUUUAUUUUUUUAA